GUCGCUCGCAAUGUGGCGUGUCAAAGCUGGAUGGUGUUGUCUAUGCAGUUGGUGGCUGUGAUUCCUGGAACUGCCUUAACUCUGCUGAGUUAUACGACCCGGAGGCUGCUGUGUGGAAGCGCAUCACGCCCAUGAACCACCCGCGCCGCGGUGCCGGUGUCGUCGAAUACCAAGGUCGUUUGUUUGCGGUGGGCGGCAGCGACGGCACACAUUCCCUCGACAGCGUUGACAUCUACGAUCCAGAAACGCAGGCGUGGUCGCUCGGUGCGCGUCUCAACAUGCCGCGCGCCAACGUCGGAGUCGCCGUCGUCAACGACAAGCUGUAUGCCGUCGGAGGCUUCACAGGCAAGUGGCGCCACCUGUUGAUUGGGGAGCGCACUGGUUGCUCGGCGCUAGGCUUCGGCAACUCCUCGUGCGGGCAUUGGUUCUCGCUGAUCGAGGUCAGCGGCGGGUUUCUUCGUAGGUCAGGCGGAGGCCGACCGGGCGGAUCGCCGGCUGCUCGGACGUGCCGUUGCUGCGUCGGCAGCGGCGACCUCUACGGUGAACUUUGGAUUGCAGCCGGGCUUCGCAAGGUCAUUCGCGUCUGA